UGUUUCGCCGUGAAUGUGUUCUCCAUUUCGAAAUAAUAAUAAUAAUAAUAAAUAUCAAAAAAAUAAUCAAUCUUGGUGUAUUCGUCCAUGCAAGUAUAACAAAACUGUAGUUCAUAUAGAGAUCUUUAAGGAACACGACUAUUGUCUGGAAACAGAAUGUUGUAAAAUAACAUUUCGAGUACUGCUGUGACAAAAACGAUAUUUUGUUCGAAAGCUGUGCAAAACUCGAAUCUAAAUAUGACUGAUCUCAUGAUCACUGAUAGAAAACCUAGCGACCUCGGACCUGGUAAUGCUCGGACCUACGGUUGUGACAUAUGCGGCAAAUUUUACAGUGGAAUGACUAGCUUAACUCGACAUAUACGGAUUCAUACGGCAGAGAAACCCUUUAAAUGUGAUAUCUGUGGCAAAAGCUUUUCCGUGAACUACGGUCUCACGAUACACAUGCGCUUGCAUACUAAUGAAAAACCGCAUAAAUGUGAUCUUUGUAGCGAAGCAUUUCUAAGAAAGUAUCAACUCACAUAUCACAGACGUAUUCACACUAAUGAAAAACCGUACGAGUGUGAUAAAUGUGGCAAACGAUUCGUGCAACCCUAUCAUCUUACUUCACAUAGACGAAACCACAUGGAACCAGAAUAUGAAUGUGAAUUCUGUGACAAACGGUUUAUGACAAGUAGUAGCCUGACAACUCAUAAACGCAUCCACACUGGAGAACGUCCGUACAAAUGUGACUUCUGUGAUAAAAAAUUCGUUACAUCUAGCCACAUGAAGGUGCACCUGAGGAUUCACACAGGAGCAAAACCUGAACUUUUGCACAAAUGUGAUUUUUGCAACAAGCUUCUACGUAACACUAACACUCUGACGCUACACUUGCGAACUCACACCGGUGAGAAACCCUACAAAUGUGACAUUUGCGAGAGAUCAUUCACAACCAAGUCUGCACUGAAGAACCAUCGUAUGACCCACACCGGUGAAAAACUUCACCAGUGUCCAAUAUGUGACAGAGAAUUUAUCACCAGUGGUAACAAGAGUCAACACAUGCGUAUUCAUAUGGAAGAACGGCCAUUCAAAUGUGGUAUUUGUGGUAAAGGUUUUUCGAGGAAACAACAGCUAAAUUUCCAUAUGAAAGGGAAACACAACCAACCGGCAGGAUGAGCCGAAGAGAAUUAAACAUGGAUAUUUUUCUUAAUUUAAUAAAUACGUCGAAAAAUGAUUUUUAUCUAAGAAAGCAUACGUUGAUUUAAAAUAAAACUUUUUUUUCCUUGAA